CAACGAAUGAAAAUUAUAGACAAUUUAAUAACGAGUGGAGGAAAACGUCAAAAAUUACUGGUGCUGUCGAGUGUUACUAUUCAACAAACACACUUCUUUGGAGCCAUUUGAGAAAAGCUUACGUUAAGCAAUCAAAGUGCCCACCAAAAAAACCGCAAUCAAAUCGCUUGCAAUUAUCUGUCAAAAAGUAGACAAUGGAUGAUGUUGUUGUUGUAUCCUUUGCCGGAUAAAAAUCCGGUUAAAUUAUUGAGCUCUUACCCGCAGAGGUUGAGCAAGUCAAACACUGAUUGUGUGCGGUGACGUGAGGUAACGAACUUUGAAGUACUCCAUACAAUUUUUAAUGCGAGUUCUCGCCGGCAUUAACCAAAGAUAACCAAACUCUAAAGCUUGUGAAUACGACUAAUUAGAUUUCAUAUGACAGAGAAACAGCUGUCCUAGUUGUCUAUAGACAUAGGCUUGUUGUAAAGACUUGUUGUUUAACCAAAAUGUAAUUUGAUCUGUUUAUUUCCUGUUAAUUAUAAAAUUGUUUAUAGUGAAAAAUGAGCGUUUAUGAAAGUUUAAUUAAUGAAGAAAAAGUUUGUCGUCUUUGCGGCGAGGAGCAACGAAAUGUGAUGGAACUGUUUGGAGAAGGAAAUAACGAUAUAGUUAAUUUAGUAACCCGGAUUCUUGGAUGCUUGAAAAUAGAGUUUAUUAAAAAUAAUUGCUAUCCUAAAUGGAUUUGUGUGGCCUGCCAUUUGGAAGCGGAGUCGACGAACAGUUUCCUUUUAACGGUAGAGGAAGGACAGCGAAAGUUAUUUGAAUUAAUUAAGAAUAAGAAGACAAUUGAAACUAUAAACACACAAGAGCUACAAAAUAGUAUUGAUAACGAACAAAUUACUAAAUGUAAAUCAACGGAACAAACAAAUAACAUAUUUGUUGGAGAAGCUGCAAUUAAAAGUCAAAGUGCUGUCAGCACGAACAAAUAUCCGAAACGGGUACGGAAAAAGAAGAAACGAUUUCCAUGCGAUCCUUUACCUUACACUGACGAUAUUGAGAAAUUACAAAACAACUCGGAAGAUGUAAAUACCGGUACGUUUAUCACCAUAAAACCUAUUGCAGAAUUGCGGUCUGCAAAUGGCGCGUCUUUAGCGGAAAUAAUAUCUGUCGACUCGGAUGCACCACAACAAUCAACCUCCUCUAAACCAGAAAUUCGACUAAUCUGUGAAUAUUGUAAAGACGUUUUUACAAAACAAAACUCAUUUCUAAAACAUUUACGAACACAUAAUGAAUCUCUUUAUGAAUGUACAACGUGCAUAGCAAAGUUUGAAAGGCCUAAAGACUUGAAAGCACAUCAGCGCCAAAAUGGUCAUAAAGGCAUGUCUAUUUUGGCAAAAACUAAAACUGAAAACAAUGAUGAGAUUCCAGAAAAGCAGUCUGGCGAUGAAAUGUCGGAAACAACUAUAAAUAUCGUUGUAGAUGACGAAGGACAUAUCACUUCCAUCGAUUCGGACUUAAAAAACACGCCAAGAGCAAGUGAAAAGAAUAGUGGCUCGCCAUCGCCUUUGGGGGCAAAAAUGGAUCAAACUGUACCAGAUUCAUCGCACAAAAGCAACUCUUUCAAAUGUUUGAAAUGUAAUAAAGUAUUUACAAAUAAUUAUUCUGUGGUGCGGCACCAUAAACAUGUUCAUAUGGACACGAGAUCAUAUAAGUGCAAAUAUUGUCUUGCAAGCUUUAAGCAUGCAAACAAUCUAGCUUAUCACAUUGCUAAGCAUACAGGCAUACGAAAUUUUAAAUGCAAUUUGUGCACCAAAUCAUUUAUAUAUAAAAAUGAGCUGACCGUGCAUAUGCGUACCCAUACGGGUGAUAAGCCUCAUAUUUGUCCGCACUGUGAAAAGGCGUUUGCCCAUCGUUCCAACAUGGUUACACACAUGAGAUUGCACUCAGGUCAGCGCCCAUUCAAGUGUGAAACAUGCGGUGCGACAUUCAACAGCAGUUCGCAUUGGAAACUACACAAACAAAUGCAUGUGAAACAUGCUCAACGUGCUGUAUUAUCACGAUUGCACGACAAAACUGUUAAAGAUGACAAUUCAAAGGAAAAAUCGCAACUUAGCAAUGCUUGUAUUACUGAGCAAACGAGCAGGCCUGAAGAAAAUUCAAAGGAAAGCUCAUCGUUACUUAGACCAAAGACUACUGUAGUAAAAUCUGUUGAAAUAUUACCGCCUCUUAUCACCCCACCUAAUCCUAAUACUACCAUAAGCAGUAAUGAAUUGAAAAGUCUUAUUCAUACGAACAUUCAAACCAUUAACAGCAGAUCUUCUGCAGUCUCUCAAUUGAAAUUUCAAUGUGAUCAGUGCUUACAACGAUUUAAACUGAAAUCAGCAUUAACAAAACAUCUACGCACACACACAGGUGAAAAGCCUUAUAAGUGUCCGCUUUGUCCGCGCACAUUUGCGGAUGCAUCAAAUUUCAAACGUCACAAAGUUUUACAUAAAACUGCAACGGAACAAUUAGAGAAUGUCACCAGACAAUAUAAAAGCUCGGAUUUGUUGCACGAAUUCCAACGAGAUAAAAGCAAGUCUUUUCCCAUGGUAAAUGUCUCACCAACACAUAGCGUCGCAUCUGAUCCCGAUCCAGACGGCUUGGAGGCGUUUCAACUGGCGACCGUUGCUUCAUCAAAAGAACUAUCUGAUACAAGCGACGAAGAUGAUACCCUAUUUCACAUGUUGAAUCACAUAGCUGGAGAAACGAACCAACAGGCGCUGUGUGGUAACGAUUCCAGUGUGGCCGAAAACUCCUUGAAUGAUUCACACCGAACUGUUACUCCUAAAACACCGCCAAAGCUAGUUUGCAUUUCUUAUCCAAAUCCAGCGAAUCCAAGUGAUAGUAAAAUGACAACAUUUUAUGUAUAAUGACUUUCUAGUAAUUAAGAUUGUAGCUUAAAAUAUAUUAAGAGAAUAAAAA